AUGAUAACGCGUUUAAAAAGCGAGAUCACAGAAAUAAAAAGAUGAUUGCAGUUUCUUUUAAAAAUUUGACAACUCUUUAUAUCCGUGAUCAACAAAAUGAAGGAAAUAAUUCAUCCUCCCCAUCAUCUCGUACGAUUACAACAUAUAUUUUUACAGAAUCCACAACUUCACAUCCUAAUUCUUCAUGGCAAAAACCUUUUAAUUGUCCAAUUGAUGGAUGUACUAAGAGCUUUACUCGACAUGGACAUUUAUCAAGACAUGUACAAUCUUGCCAAUCGAAGCGUAAUCGUAAAGAAAAUGAGAAACCUGUUCACCCUCCAAGUCCUGUUACAUCUUGUUCCAGUGGCAGUUCAACGGAUGCCGAAAUAGAAAGACCCCCAAUUUCGGAUCCCGUUAUUGUCAGUCCUACUCCUAGAAGACCUUUUUACGUAAGUAAACCUACACCGAUGGAAUGUUCAAAACGGAUUUACCCUUCGCCUUGGGCAAAUCCACAAAUUACUUCAUCCAAACCACAUAAUAGCAUUAGUGAUAUUGUGGAUUGUUCCAAAAAUAGUGUUUCUAACCGAACUUUACCACCACCUAUUCAGUCUGAUGUUAUAGUUCAGUUAAAACACCACGAAUACUUACUCCCUUCAUUUUUCGAUUAAAACUUUAAUAAUAAUUUCAUUUCCCCCUCCCUUUAUUCUUAAAAGAUUUUUUUUUUUUAAUU